CCGUUUUUCCGGGAAAAUCUGCCAAAAACCGAAGAAACAAAGAAAUAUCCCGAGUGAGAGUGGGAGGGAGAGAGAGAGAGAGCAGAGACCAUGAACGUAGAAGAAGAAGUUGAGCGACUCAAAGAAGAAAUCAAACGACUUGGCAAGGCCCAAGACGAUGGCUCUUACAAGUACAGGGUACAUGUGGUUGGAAGCUGUUCUUUCAUCAGUAAGGGUGAAGAGUUCGAUCUUUAUCUGAUCCAAGUCACAUUUGGCGUGCUAUUUAAUGAUGACAGGUGUGCCAACAUAUUUGAAGCAUUAGUGGGGACACUGAGGGCUGCAAAGAAACGGAAAAUCGUGGCAUAUGACGGUGAGCUACUGCUACAAGGAGUCCAUGACAAUGUAGAAAUUAUCCUCAAACCUGUGCCACCACAAGCAUCUGAUGCUAUCGGAAAGACUUAAGGGAUUGUGCAAUUGCUUUCAUCGAAUGUUGUUCUAAGAUAAAUCACAUAGGGUUUCAUGCAUAAUUAUGUGAUUUGAAUGACUAUAUAUAAUCUACAUUUCAGUUCAGUCACGGGCGUUUGGCCUCGCUUUAAGCCAUUGAGUCCGAGACAUGGUGAAGUGAGAUGGGAGUCAAAAAAGCACCUGGUUGUCAGGCAUGUUGUCAGGCCUAUUAUGGUUUUACUUUCAAUAAUUUUCACUGUGGAAUUUGGUCAAGUUAAAAUGUCUUUUGUAACAUAUUUUAGGUUGUUUGAUUUCAGAAACAUUUGAAUCCUGUUUCAUUUUUUAAGUUUUCCUUUGUGCAAGGGACUCCUAUAUUGGUUGA